UGGAUUCAGCCUGACAAAGAAGCCACGCUCAACUUCAUGAAGGGAGAAAUUCACUGGGUGUGAAACCAAAUAACCAUAUUUCUCGGUUCCAUUAUCCUAUCGGUGACCAAUUUGUGGUACACUUAAAGAAUGGAGCCAGAUGGCGAGCGCAAAAGUGUCGAUAUUGGAUUAGUUGGGAAUCUAUUGAUCCUCGGCUCGCCGAGGGUUCGGAGCGGUGGAUUAUAAAUGAUGGAACCAAAGCCAACGCGGUGAGCUCGCACGUCGAAGACAAAAGGAACGUUAAGUCGACCCAACAAGCAUGGACGUCAAGGAAAAACCGAAGUUCAGCUGCACGGGGAAGGCGGGUCCAGGCCCGGCUUAUCUGCUGCCCAGUCUUGUCGGCUACAACGGUCACGAUCCAUCGAGAUAUCGCAACCCUGCUUUCACGAUGAGGACUCGAGUCGAGACCAACAUUUCCGCUGUGGGACCGGGUCCCCGUUACAAAAUAGAGGGGCUGACUAACUACGGAGUGCAAAAGGCCCCCGCCUACUCCCUCGGCUUUCGCGAUGGCACCAAAAUGACGAGCUGUAGCGGCCCAGGACCCGGGGCCUACAGUCCGGAGAGAUGUCCGCCCAUGAAUCACAGUCUGAGACCAGCGGCCUUCACGAUAAAAAGUCGAUGCAGCGAUCACAUGUCCGGGGAUGGACCGGGCCCUAUUUACCUAAUUCCGUCCUGUCUCGGGCCCAAAGUCCCGGACAAAACCGCCUUGGGAGCUUUUUCAAUCGCGGGCCGGCAUGGAAAGGACUAUUGCGUUUCAAGUCCGGGUCCUGCGGCCUACGGAAAUCAGAAUUACGAUCUGGUUAAGCGCAGACUUCCGGCCUACACGCUGGCCUCGAGACACCAUCAAUUUGGGACAGCGUGUGGACCCGGACCUCGGUACUACCCGCAAUACUCUGGUGGGAAAAAUCCUCCAAAGUUUUCAUUCGGAGUGAAACACAGCGAGUGCGCACCACCGGCCAUCACCGAAUACGACGAGGAGUAA